AAUCUUACAUCAUAAAAUUGUCUCUUGCAGAUGUCUUCGAGAAGGAAACCAACAAAUACAAAAAGAGCAGAUUCUGAGGAAAAGGCAGAAACUAAUGGUACAGCGGAUUCUGAUGGCGAGCUGGAUUACUUGCCAGAAGGAACUGUUGUUGUCAAACCUGAACCUGUUGGGAAAAGAGGAACAUUUUCUGGACCUGAAUUUCGUUCAAAGAAGAAAGAAAAGAAAGAGCCAAGUACAGAUUUCAAUUCCGCAAGUGCCAACUUAGGUAGAGUAUCGUGUACAGCCUGUGGAGAGCAGGUCAACACCAAUAAAUCUGGUAGUGUCAGGAAGCACCCUCAGCUUAAGGUCCUAGUUUGUAAGAGUUGCUACAAGUACCAUACAAGUGGUCCAAUAUCUCGGGACAAGGAUGGAUUGGAUGAACAGUGUAGAUGGUGCAGUGAAGGAGGGAAUCUGUUUGGCUGUGAUUUCUGUCACAAUGCAUUUUGCAAGGCUUGCAUCAUUAGGAAUUUGGGAAGAUCUGAAAUCAGCAAUGUUACGGAAGAAGGUAAAGACUGGAAAUGUUAUGUGUGUGAUAACACUAAACUGAAACCUUUGCUGGCGGAAUGUCAGAAAGUCUUGAACUACAUGGAGGCAGAGGAUAAAAAAGCAAAGGAGAAAAUGAAACAGGCCACCACCCCAAAAUCUAAUGAUGCCAAAAAGUCCAGCGAUUCCACCAUCAAAUCAAAUGACACUAGGAAAUCCAAUGAUUCUAAGAAGGAGGCUACAGAAUCCAAUUCAGAAAACAAAGCUAGCAAACCCACAGAUAACAAGCAGUUGAUGAAGGUUUUAACUUCUGGGAAUGCACCCAACCGAUCCUCAUCUCCUAGUGAAUUCCAGAAAGCCAUCCUUACACAACCACAUGCUGGCACUACAAUCAAUACAGAGAAAAUUGUAGUAGAUCCUAUGACUGGUAGGUCAACAAAGUUUGAGAUGGUGUAUCCCAAUGCUAAUAUUGUACAGACUCAGUAUAAGUCUUAUGCUCGUCCUGUGCAACCCAAGCCAUCCAGCCUUCCCACUGAUGGUGUGUCUCUGCCAUUCACUGGACUUUUGCCUGGAAAUGUUCAUAGUAUCAUAUCCAAUUUGCUUUCAAUGACAGACAAUCUUCAACAACUCCUAAGAAAUAUACAGGAGAAUGUUAUUGAAGAGUCCAAUGUAGACAAGUUACCAUUUGAAAUUUCUCUCAGAACACUGAAUCAAAAGCAAAUAGAGGCUAGGCUUACAGCUGGAAAUUGUGUGAAAAGUGGUGUGAACUUAUUCUUGCAAGAAAUGGCAAUGAAGACUUCUGCUGCAGGAGUAAAAGCAAUGACUCUAAGUCAGAAAGCACCUCGACCUACACUUGCAUCUGCCUUGUUAGCAGGAAGUCCUCUGGACAGAAAUGGUGGUGCUAUGAAUGUAGAUACUCCUCACAAAUUUGAUAAACCAGGGGGAGAAAAUUCUCCCUUAGUCACCAGUACGCCUAAGCCUAAACCCUCAGAUGAUGAUUUCGAUGUCAUUGUGCUCAGUCCUUCUCCCAAGAAAGCAGUUACUCAAAAAUCUGAGAAUGCAGACGCUUGUUCUACUUUGCAGGAUAAUGAUGAUGUUACAAUGGUAAGUGAAAAUGAUAGAGCUGAAAAAGAACUAUUGAAAGAUGCUGCCGAGGAGAUAGGAGAUGAGGAGAAUGACUCUGAUAAUGAAAUUGAAAAUGAUGAAUCCAGUGUAAAGGAAGGAAGAAAAAGAAAAGAUGACAAAGAUGGUGAGAGUGUAAACUCAGAAAAUGAAGAUGGAGAAUCUAGUGAAAAGAAAGGAAAGAAAAAGACAAAAAAAUUAGUUAUAAAAUUAGGGAAUACAUCUAAAUCUAGUGACAAAAAAGGCAAGAAUGACAACUCUGGUCAAGAAAAAGAUGACAAAGAAAAAGUAUCCUCUACCACAAAGGAUGAUGAUGAAGAAGAUAGUUCAAAUUCAUCCAGGAAAACCAGAAGCAAGAAAAAAGAUGAAACAGACUCAGAGGAAAAAGAGUGCAAGCCAAUCAGAAAAACACGGAGUAAGUCACAAAAUUCGGAGAGUGAUUCUGACUCCAGCCAGUCUAGAGGAAAAAUGUCACCUAAAAAGAAGGAAAAUAAUGAUAAAUCCAAAAGUAGUGAGGAUAAGAAAAGUAAGAAAGAAGAUUUGAGUUCUAAAAAGAAUUUAAAUGCAUCAAAAUCGGACAAAGACAAAAAAAGUGAUAGUAAAGGAAAAUCUAAGGAUGAUGAUCAUAUAGAUAAGGAAGAAAAAUCUAAGGAUGAUGAUGAUGUAGAUAAGAAAGAAAGAGUUAAGAGUGGGAAUGACACAGAUGAGGAAGAUAGUGACAGCAAUGAGACUGAGGAGGAAAGUGACAGCGAUUCAAGUAAAGAUGAAGAUUUUGUCGUCUCCAAAUCCCGACGUUCUUCUAGAAGGUUAAAGAAGUCAGCUAAAAAGCCUGACAAGAAGAAAAAGAGUAAGGAUGAUUCAUCUGAUUUUGAUUCAGACUUGGAGAAAGAUAUUGAAAAAUUAUCCAAGAAUCCUACUAAAUCCUCAAAAUCUCGCACAACAAGGAGCAGUGCUAAAUCAGAGAAGUCAACAAAAAAGCCAAAAAGAUCUGAGGGGGAAAAGAAAACUGGCAAAAAGAAAGGGAUUUCGGGGGAUGUCAGCUCUACUGAUGAUGAUAAAACGGAGGAAGAUGAUGACAACACUGAAAUUGAUGAGCCAGAGGGAGAAAUUGACAUGGAUUGCUCUGCAAAUGCCCAAGCAAAAGAAGACUUGUUAAAAGAAAUGGAAGAAGAGGCGACAGACGAGGAUAACGAUCAGGAUAGCAGUGAUUCAGAAGUCAUAAUCACACCAAAAAAGAAGAGGAAUGCUGUAAAGAAAGCAAAGUACACCAUUGACUCGGACAGUGCGACAGAGGAAGACAUGCCUAAGAAAAAGAAAAAACGAGAUGAGUUGCUUGAUGCAAAGCUGUCAAGUAGUGACUCCGAUGUUGUAUCCAGAAAGAAAAGCAAGAAGAGGAAAGCAAAGUCCUCCAGCAAUGACACAACUGAGACAGAUAGUGAGGAUGAAUUUAUUGCAUUGGGAAAGAAGAAAAAGGGAAAGGCUGGUAAAAAGAAGGCAGGGACUGGAAAGGCUAGGAAGAGGAGAAGGAUCAAAGCUCCCAGCAGUUCUGAUGAUGACGAGGAGGCCGUAAGUGAAGAUGAAAAUGAAGAGGGUGCAAGCAGAUCUGAAGAUGAAGGCGAUCCAAAUACACCAAAAAGACUCAAGAGGAAAAAAAUUAGAAAAAUAAAAUCGGAAAAGAAAUUGACCUCUGAGACUAAGUCAGCUGCUAAAGCUGAGGAGGAAAGAAGGAAAAGGAUAGCAGAAAAACAGAAAAUAUUCAAUGGAAUAGUUCAAGAAGUGGAUGAGUCUUCUCCAACUAAGUGUCCUAUAACAAAACAGCUUGUUCUGGAUUUUGAAGAAGAAACAAAGAAACCAAUCAUUGAAGUGGAUAAAGGAUUAGUUGUUAAACUGAAACCUCAUCAGGUUGAAGCUGUACAGUUUGUCUGGGAUUGUACCUUUGAAUCAUUAAAAAGGGCCAAAACAGAGGAAGGAUCUGGCUGCAUUUUAGCUCACUGCAUGGGUCUAGGAAAAACCUUGUCACUGAUAACAUAUAUUCACACGAUGCUUACCUACAGCAAGAAAACGAAUGUGCAUACUUGUGUAGUUGUGGCACCCCUGAACACUGUCCUUAAUUGGCAGUAUGAGUUUGAAAUGUGGCAAGAGUUCACCAAAAAGGAAGUAGAUGUGUAUGAGAUGUCUUCAGUGAAGCAGAAUGCCGAUCGUGCUGCACUGCUGAAGAACUGGCACAGAGAUGGAGGGGUGCUUAUCCUGGGGUACGACAUGCUCAGGAACCUCUCCCAGGGCAAACACUGUAGAAGCAAGAACAUGAAGAAAAUCUUCACUGAAACUCUGGUGGACCCAGGACCUGAUUUAGUGAUAUGUGAUGAAGGCCAUAUUUUGAAGAAUGACCAGUCUGCCAUCUCCAAAGCCAUGAACAGGAUCAAGUCUCGUCGAAGAGUGGUGCUAACUGGAACACCAUUACAGAAUAAUCUUAUGGAAUAUCAUUGCAUGGUUGAUUUCGUGAAGCCCAAUCUGCUGGGAACAAGUAAAGAAUUUCGUAACAGAUUUGUCAAUCCUAUCACCAAUGGCCAGUGUGCUGACUCUACAGCACAUGAUGUGAAGAUCAUGAAAAGACGAGCCCACAUCCUCCAUGAAAAACUUAAUGGUUGUGUACAGAGAAAGGACUACAGCUCACUUACAAAGUAUUUACCUCCCAAACAUGAAUAUGUGAUUGCUGUGCGUUUGUCUCCUGUCCAAAUUCGUCUGUAUGAGAAAUAUUUGGAAAUGGCUGGUUUUGGAACAGAUGAUGCUCCCAAGGCUAACCGUGGAGCUAGGCUGUUUUCUGAUUACCAAGCUUUGAUGCGAAUCUGGACUCAUCCAUGGGUCUUGAAAAUGGAUGAAAUUCGCCAGGCAGAUAGGAGACUGUUUGAUGACGAGUCUGAUUUUGUGGAUGACUCGGAUCCUAAUGAUAGUGAUGGCAGCAAAUCAACAGACAGCUCUGAUUCAUCAACCCCAUCAGAGGUUUCAAUCAAGUCUGAUAUAUCAGAUGGGGGACGCAAAACUCGUAGUUCAAAGAAGAAAAAGGAAUCUGAAGAUGAUGACGACGACUCAGACACAGAGUCACAGAAGAAAGAUGAAGUUGUAAAGAAGUGGACAACAAGAAGACAAAGAGGAGAUAUCAGUGAACCAGAGGAAGACACGGGACCUCAGCCUGUCUCUUAUGAAUGGUGGGCAGAGUAUGUCAAUCCAGAGGAUGAGGAUAAAUUAGAACUCGGUGGAAAACUCGUUCUUCUGUUUGAGAUUCUAAGGAUGAGUGAAGAAAUAGGAGAUAAAGUGCUAGUUUUCAGUCAGAGUUUGCUAUCAUUAGAUUUAAUAGAACACUUCCUGGAGCUAGUAGAUCAGAAGAGAGGAGAUGAAGAAAAACUUGAUAAGGACAAUAAAGGAAGUGAAAAGAAGUCAGAGGAGGAGAAAAAGAAGGAGGAUCAGAACAAAGGUGAAGAGUUUGGGAAACAUUGGACACUGGGUGAAGAUUACUUCAGAAUGGAUGGAUCCCAUAGUGCCCAAGCCAGAAAAAACAUGGCUGAAAAGUUCAAUGACCCAGAAAAUUAUCAAUGUCGGCUGUUUCUGAUUUCCACUAAGGCAGGAGGCCUAGGGAUUAAUUUGGUAGCAGCUAACAGGGUCAUUAUUUUUGACGCCUCCUGGAAUCCUUCACAUGAUGUGCAGUCCAUUUUUAGAGUUUAUCGAUUUGGACAAGAAAAACCAGUUUAUGUGUACAGAUUUCUUGCUCAGGGAACUAUGGAAGAGAAGAUCUAUGAACGUCAGGUAACCAAGCAGUCAUUAUCCCAGAGAGUGAUAGAUGAGCAUCAGAUAGACAGACAUUUUAACGCCAAUGAACUCGCUGAGCUGUAUACAUUCAGACCAGACAGACUAGAUGAUCCUAAUAGAGUAGAGAAAACACCAAUGCUGCCAAAGGACUUUAUGCUUGCUGAGCUGAUGAAGUCACAGAAAGACUGGUUUGUCAAUUAUCAUGAGCAUGAUUCCCUCCUGGAGAACAAGAUAGAGGAAAUAUUGGAUGAAGAUGAGAGGAAGGCAGCCUGGGAGGAAUAUGAAAAUGAAAGGAAAGGUGUAAUACAAAUGAGGCAGAACUUCAUGGCAAACAUGCCCAAUAUGGGUUUCAACAACAUGGUACAUCAAAUGCAGCAACAAUCCCAGUAUGGUAUGCCAUAUAUGUAUAGCCAAGGAUUCAAUAUGCAGGCUUUUACACAACAAAACCUUCUACAGCUGGUACAGGACAUGAAACAAAGGUAUCCUCACCUACCACAGGAGCAGCUGACACAACAAGUGCAAACAGUCAUUCGACAAAUGGUUUCACGUCAAAUUGCAGCUCAACAAGACGCCCAGAAAAGACAAAUGGAACAGAAAGAGCUUCAACAUCAGAGGGAGUUGCAGAGAAUUCAGGACCAGAUUCGACAUCAACAGAUGCAGCUGAUGCAAGCCACUAUGGCAGGGGCCAGACAGGGAAUGGGACCAGGAACAUCGGGGCCUCAAGCGGGGACUUCUACAAUGCAGUCCUUGUUAAAUCAGCCCGCCAAUGCUAGUCGACUCCAGCAGAUGAGGGAGGCUAGGAAAUAACAGCUUCCAUUUUGUUCUGUUGUCUGAUGGGAUUUUUUUUCUUUUUUGUUUACAUACUGGACAUGGUACAUGUAUAAUAAGACAAUGAAGGCAUUUGUGUGACUUUAGUUUGUCUAAAUAAGCAUUUUAAAAGAUCAUCUUUGGUAAAAAUUUGUUUACAUGAGGUGCAAUCUCCAAGAUAACUUUUAAUGAGUGUUUAAAUGUAUUUUUUCAUGCUGGCCAAGUUUCCAAGGGGAAAUUUACACAAGUAUGUAAAUGUAUAGCUACAGAACUGAAUCACUAUCCCUUGAGAAACAUUCAGGUAUGCUUAUUUGGUAAAUGCCAGAUUGUUUUUUUUUUCUGUUGUAUAUGUUACUCAUGAUUAUUAAUUUGAAUGUGAGCAAGAUAGUUGUAUUUAUAUUUGAAAAAGAGGUGUGUUUUGUUGUAAGUUUCAUCACUGGCCCAUUUAUUUACAGUAUAUAUUUGCUGAAACUUGCACAUUCCUUAUUUUGGAAAGCACUUUUAUCCAUUAAAGCUAUAAAUUUUAGCUGACCACAAAAGUUGGUUAAUUUAAGAAGAAUUUUUAAAAAGUUUUUAUCAUGUAAUCAAAUAUAUUAACUUUUUUGAUCAAGCAAUUCCAACUUGAUCUUAAGACGAUCUUAGCAUCUUUAUACAUUUCAUUUCAUUCACUGGAAAAAAAAUCAUAACUGUUAGGGAUUGAAUCAUAAUAAAAUUUUUGAAAAUCUAUUCAAAUUUUAAUUACAGUGCAUAUAGAUAUAUAUUUACAGAAAGUCAGACAGACUAUUGAUGAGAUAAUCAUGGUUUUUGUCUGUGUUUUCAAUGUCAACAAGUCAGAUUUUACAGGAUAAUGACACUUAUUCAUGUGGUAGACAGCAUUCUGUGUUUUCUUUUAUAGCUCUAUUGGUCAGAGACCAUAAAAGCUUAUGCAUUAGUGAGGUGUCUAAUGUCAGUCUGUCCAUUCAUAAACAAUUUUUCAAAAUGCUACUACAUGUAUUCUUUUAGCUUUGGUCUGAUAUCAAUAGGACUUGGUACACAAAUAGAUAAAAGUAAGAUGCAUAAAUUUAUAUAUUGGAUUUUGAUUUUGAUGAACCAUGUUGCUAUGUUUACUAAAAAUAAAAAUUUCUUUUAGAUUCAUUUAAAACACUACUCCUCCUAUCAUUUUGGUCCUAUUUCAAUAAGACUUGGUACACAAGUAGACGAUACUAAAAUUCAUAAUGCUGUUUAUUAGUUUUCAUUCCGAUGAAUGGUAUUGCCAUAGUUACGAAAAAUGGAAAUUUCUGUGAAAUUCAUUCAAAAUACUACUCCCUCCUUCAGUUUUGGUCUAAUUUCCAUAAGACUUGGUACCCAAGUAAAUUAUACUAAAAUACAUGUACAUAAUUCUGUACAUCAAUUUUUGAUCAGUGUUUAAAUGUUUACUAAAAUUAAAAAUUUAUAUGAAAUUCAAUUGAAAGGCUACUCUUCCUUCAAUUUGAUUUCAGUAAGUCAAGUAGACCAUACUAAGUUGGUGUUUUGAUUUCAAUUGUUGCCAUGGUUACUAAUAUUAUAAAUUUCUAUGAAAAUCAUUAAAAAUGCUGUUUUCUCCUACAGCUUUCAAAUUUCAAUAAGAUUUGGAACACAAGAAAUUAUACUAAGAUAAACAAUUUUGGUUUCAUUGAAAAGCUUACUAAAACAGAAAUUUUUAUGAAAUUCCUCUUACCUCCAACAGUUUUGGUCUGAUUUCAAUAUAUGACUUAGUAAUACACAAGUAGACUAUUCUAAGAUACAUAUAGUUCUCUUUAUUGACAUUUGAUCUAGAUGAACACUGUUGGAAUGUUUACUAUAAGUAGGAUAAUACAUGCAUUUGAAUUCAUUUAAAACAUUACUCUUCCUAUGUUUUUUGAUCAGAAAUUCUUAUCUGGAACCACUGAACCAAUUUCAACCAAUUUUGGUAUGUAGCAUGUAUGAGUGAAGGGGAACAGAAAAUGUGAAUUCCAUGGUCCCUGCAUGCCCCCAGGGGCCUGAAGUGUGAGGCUAAAACCAUAAAGAAAAUACUGUGUUGUGUUAAGUUUACAUUGUGAUAGUGACAAAUGGGGGCAUGUACAGGCAAUUAGAUAGAUAUACUGAAGAUUUGUUAUGAAGUACUAGACCUAUUAUUUUGUUGAUCCCUGAUCAUCGUAUUUCUCUUGCUUUUGAGCAACAUACCUUUAUCUAUCAGUUCAUUUUGUUUUAUUUUAUACUUAUUGGAUCCUGUGCAGUGUUGCAUUAUACUCAGGUGACCAUUAAGACCCUUGGGACUCUUGUUCUUUCUUAGUAGAAAAUCAGACCAGUAGAACUGCAGUCUUGUCAGAGACUUCUGUUUUUCAGCUUGAAGUGCAAUUGUGUGUAAUAAAAGCUUUGGAAUCAUUUGCUAGUUGUUCAUACAACAGAAUUUCAUAAUAAUAAUUCAAAUUGCAGUUAUGUGUAAACAUUUAACUAUCAUGAAUAAAUUUCAAGAGAAAAUUGAA